AUGCCGGCUGCGAUGAACGUCCUGUACUCAGAAAUAUCGCCGAUGUCCUCUCAUGCGACCUUUCUGGAUGAUAUCACGCAACAAGCAGAAAAGACCACCCAUGGAAAUGGAAUCGGGCAUUUAGUCUCUUCCCCACACAGCGGCCAGACUGUAUUUGGAUUGGACACCUCUAUACUUUUGGUAGAUCAGAUGUCACAGCUCGAUGUCGAAAAUGUCCUACAUCCCACCCUCGCGAGGAAAACCACCCAUUCGAAAGGUCGCACCUGUAGUAUCGGCAUAUGGUCUCCAGGAUGUUCUCUUUCGGCGAUCAAAAGGAUCGGCAAUUCGAUCGUAAACGUGACCAAGUCGUCGAGCACCAUUUUUCGUUCAUGGUCGACCAAUUUGCAUACUCCAAUAGUUCCAUUAAACUUGAACGAAAAUGUAACCGGUGAUCAAGUCAACAUACAUCUCUUCACUCCUUCAGUAACUACCACAUCUCAGGAAGAGCAGACUCCUUACAGUUCGCAUACCAACGGCACGAGCGGCAGCAUCAAGUCCAUACAUUCUAUGAUGCACUCAGUUACCAGGAAUCCGACCUUCCAUGCCUUGAGAACAGAUCCUUGUACAUCAAACGACGUACUCGCCGUUACGUCAGGGACCCGCGACUUUGUAUCUUCUAGGCGUCAACUAUCACUUGGUGGCGACAGACCAUUCCAAUCUAAAGUGUGCGCCCCACGCACGGUUCCCAGUUAUGACCAGCUUGUGACAACAGUUGAAGAGCUUCAUGCUGCCGUUGAGGAGUUAUCAAAAAGGAUAGCACUCAUAACGGAUCUCAAAGGCGUUUCUCGCCCAAGUUCUCAUCCAUCUCGGUUGGGGCGUGAUUAUAUAUACAAACCGAAGGCAUCGGACGAUGACGAACUCCAACUUCCUGGCGAGAAUAUACAUUCUACACAACAAGAUCAGUCAUUGUCGCCUCCUCCAGGCGAGUCGCCGUCCAUUAUUCCUAGGCAGCUAAUAACUGGGCCGAAUGUUCUUAGUAUUCCGGCAAUCCCACAAUUUGAUCCAUUGCUUUGCUUUGAGUCAGCAAGGAGUGCCGUUGCCAAGACAGAGCCGUUCCUACUGGCACCGCCAUCUACCUUUGAAGCAUCGGCAACAGUAUCAGCAGAGUUCAAACAUACAGAGCAAACGUCCUCCAGAAAAAUACCUCAAUGCUUCACGAACCUCACUGUCGAGAUCCAGCAAGUGUUGGAGUCGUACCGAAGGUCCCUAUCUAUACUUCUCUCACCAGUGCUGUCCCAAUUCUUGGCACCUCUGACCCCACGGCUAACUGCAGGCCCAUGUACACAAUGGCCGAUGGAAGGUGAACCUAUCUCGCUCCCUGCUAGUUCAGACCAAACUGACGCAGCCCUAUUUCCUCAUUCGCGCCGCAGUAGCAGGAUUAUUGUAUCGUCCAAUCUGGAGUCGUAUCUGCCAGGGCUUACGACCCAUAUGGGAGACGAAGCAGUUAUCGACCACCCUGAUGGAGACUUAGACCUCGAUGUGCCUGUCAAGCCGUACCCCGAUUUUUUUAGACACGAUCAGGCAAGAGACGGCAUGAUACGCCAGAAGAAUGUUGGCUGCAACUUUUACAUUCCACCAGCCGGUGGCAUGACAGGAUCAGAUAUCCAAGCGAGGCUGGAGCAACUGGCGCGUCUUUCUGAGGAACAAUUGGGUUCGGUACGGCGGUCGGAGGAGCAUAAUCACAAUUUACAGGAGUCUGAGGAGCAGUCGUCCAUAAACAAGUCAGCCUCAAUCAGUCAUCAAGAGUCAGAUAUCAGCCGUUCCAGCGUUCGCAUCGGGGACCAUCUCCAGGAGCUACAUGGGUGUUCGCGGUCAUAUGUUAAGACACUUUCAGGAUCCUUGGAGGGGUCGAUGCAUAAUGUCGCCCAAUGUCCUAAGCGUAUAUCUCGGCCAGAUGUAAGCCAUGAGCUCUUCUACAACGAGACUACCAGGUGCUUAAACAAGGAUGAAAACACCUAG